GCACCCUUUCCAUAUAUUUCUGUCCCUGAAUUGGACAGAGAAAUCAACAAAAAAGCUGCCACAGUUUCUCCCGUCGAUGCCCCUCAGUCGCAAGGAGGAUUUGAUGUAAAGGUUUAAUGUUAAAAGACCAAACUAUGUCUGUAGUGUUGGACGGGAGUCCGCUGAAAGCGAUGCAGAGCUCACACACUCACAGCCCCCAGACUGCCCUGAGCACCCAGGAACUCUCCCAGGAGAUCAAGUCCUUCAUCAAUGGUGUUGACACCGUUCAGGGCCGGAAGCUCAGUGUCCGGGAACAUGCCCGUUGUGCUGUGCGCCUGCUGCGCUCAGUCCCGGCCUGUCGAGGGGCGGUGCUGGAGCAUCUGAGGGGCGUGUAUGAUGAGCAUGUCUCUGCCUUCCUGCACAACCUGGAGACGGAGAGCGAUGCCAGCGCUGCGGUCAGCGCCAAUCUGGAGGACAUCAUACAGGAGGUUCAUGGCGUACUGUCCGAAUUCAUCCGUCUCAACCCCCGAGCCUGGGCCCCUCUGGUGUCCACCUGGGCUGUGGACUUGUUGGGCCAGCUGAGCAGCAAGCACGCGGGCCGCAGGGUGGCCCCCCACUCAUCCAGUCUCAAUGAGCUGCUCCAGCUCUGGAUGUCCUGUGCUGCCACCCGGUCCCUCAUGGAGGCCUACUCCCAGUGUUUGGCUGCCAUGCUGGCCUGGUGCCCUGAUGGGUGUGUGAAUGCGCUGUUGGACACCUCAGUUCAGCACUCCCCGCAUUUUGAUUGGGUAGUGGCUCACAUCGGCUCCGCCUUCCCCGGUACUAUAAUCAGCCGAGUCUUGGCAUGUGGACUUAAGGACUUCUGCUGUCAUGGCGCUCAGGAUCAAGGGCCAAUGGUGAUGGUCGGGGAUAAAGGCAGCAGAGUGCCAAAGAUUGGUUCAGUGGUGGGAAUCCUUGGACACCUUGCAGUGCACCACUCAGCCAGCAUCAGAAAGGAGCUGCUCAGGAUGUUUCAGGAAAGCCUGAGUCCGUCAAGUCCUCUAUCUCCUACUUCAUCCUCAACAUCUUGGGAGAGUUCUCCUCAACAUCGUCGUGCCGCAGUACCAUUUCUGCUUCAGCUGGCUGCAAUGUCCCCCAACCUAUUUGGUGCAGUGUCGGCAGAGCUUGUCGAGCUGCUGCGCCCUCCUGUUCUGCUCCAGCUGCAGGCCUUGCUGCAGGGCCUUCCCAGAGAGGAACUGGAUAACAUGCUGGGGCUCGCGGUCCACCUUAUUAGCCAGAGCCCAUCAGGAGGGUCCCGGGUCCUCCGUUUUCUGGCAGACACAGCAACCCCGGCCUCGGUCAUCAUCUCUGGGCCUACACCCUCCCCCCAUGAAGGUGUCAGAGAAGGCUGUGAUCGCCUCCUCCAGAUGCUGCUACUGCAUCUCCACAAACUGGUCUUCAACCGCUCCGAUGGAGCCGAAGUCAACUCCCAUUACUCGGCUUCCUCUCAACCCCAGCGUGUUAUCCCUUUCCUGGAGGAGCUGCAGUCCCACGUAGGUGAGCUCUGUGCUGAGACACUGCGACUGGAAAGGAAGCGCCACCUCUGGCUCCACCAGUUGCUGUGUCUUCUGUCGGUGUAUGGAGGUCCCAGUGUUGCCACUGAGGCGCUCUGCCAGCUACUCACCCAGGCCCACAACCCAGAGGAGCUGGCUCUGGCCUGGCAGCUGCACACUACACUCUCCUCCUGUAUGGCAGGACUCAUUCCGGCCGCUGUAGUCCGCUGUGUAGCCCAGAUCCAUACACACACUGUGGGGCCCCGAAAACUGAAGCAGCUGUUGCUUAACCUGGCUACAGUGAUCCAGAGUCUGGAGGAGGAGAGAAGAGGAGCUGCAGGUCUUCAGUCUUCCAUGGCCAUCCAGAUGGGCUCAGCGGUCUCAGGACAUCUCCAUGAUUUCGGCCCACUCCUUCUCCACGGUGACUCUUCCGUAUCUCAUGCCACGGUGCGCCUCCUGUCCUGUAGCCCACUCCCACGCGCCUCCUCCCCAGCACACCUGCUCCUGCUCUCACGCGCUGCCGUCACUCAUUUCUUUAUGGCGCUGCGGAGAAGAGUAGAAGGAGGGCAAGUGGGGAGAGAUGGGGGACAGGCAGGCGAGGCGGUGAACUGUUCAGGCCUCCUCCUGUCCCGUUUGGCAGCGUAUUCUUCGCUCACUCUCAAAGCGGUGCUUCAGCAGUUGGUUGAGGGAUCCCUCCAUAAAGGCAACGCUGGAUUGUUUGGAGGGCAGAUCACAGACAUGUCUGGAGACCCUUUGCUCGCCCCAUCGGUGUCUCCUGACAUCGGAGCCUCGUUGCUGGAUAUCAACUGUCGGUUCGGUAACAUCGUCAACUUCUCAGGCAGCGUGUGGUCUGUGUUUCAUGCCGGGGUGAUUGGCAAGGGGCUGAAGGUCCGCACUGACACACAGCUGCUGGACCCAUCGGGCGUCAUGCAGAACGUCCAGACUCUGCUGACUGUCGUCGUCCAGUGUUGCAGCUCUUCUGGUCUCAACGGCUCCAUCAGCAGCUCACGGCUCUCACCGCCAUCUGACCCAGACGAGCCGCUGCCUAUCAACGCCGAAGCAGCCAAGGUUAUUGCAGUUACCUUGGUGGAAAACGUCUGUCCAGAUGUGGCCAAUGGUGAGCUGUCUUGGCCCCCGGAAGAGCACGCCCGCACCACGGUGGAGAGAGACAUCCACAUUCGACGUUGCUUUGAGGCCCACCCAGUGCUCUUCCCUCUGCUUCAGGUGGUGGCAGCUGGACGCCCGGCGCUCUGCUACUGCUCAGCUGUGCUCAGAGGCCUCCUGGCCGCUCUGCUGGCCCACUGGGAGGCAUCUCGUGAGAUGUUGUCCACAGACUACCCGUGGCACCUCCAGGCCUCUUGCCUCCUGGUGUCUUGCAUGGGAGAAGGCCAGUUCCUGCCUCCUGUCCUGGCCAACGUCCACGAAGUCUUUCCCCACCUUACCCCCUUCGAGGUGAGGCUACUGCUCCUGACUGUGUGGGAGUAUGUCAGAGGCAAUGGGCCCAUGCCUCAGAAGUUUGUCUUCAGCUCUGAGAAGGGGCUGUUCUGCAGGGAUUUCUCUCGGGACGGUGACGUGGCAAGAUACGUGGCACCAAUUCACAGUGUCCUGCAUAAAAACAUUGAUAGAUUGGGACAUCUGUGCUGGCGGUUCCAGCUCUAAAGGGUUGUGUGUAGACCGGGCAACAAUAAAUAAAUAGACAGAAUGCUGUGUUGCAUCGCUUCAAGAGUGUACUGCAAGGUUGCUCUUCACUGUACGUCAGUUCUUUGUGUGUGUGUGUGUGUACGUGUGUAUGUGUGUGUGUACCUUUUUUGUACCAUAUUUUUAGACUUGAUAUGUUUCUAACUAGUUGUUUAUGUGACAAUGACAAGGGGACAAGACCAAUGGCACACAUGUACAUUAUGUUAAUACAGAAUUUGCUCCACACAAAACAACCUUAAUGUGUGAUUUUGGUUGGAAAAUACAAUUUAACUUGGCUAAUUCACUUUUACAUUGUUUUGUUUUAUUUUCAGAUUGCAUAUGUUCUAAAAUUGUGGUGACAAACGUGCCUUCUAUCUGUUAUAUUCCCCAAAACUGAUGUUUAAACCACUUUACAAAAUAAAUAAUUUGGUCCUUAA